UCAGCUAAGGAACAUAACUUUCUUCAAGUUAGUGUAAAAAAGGGCGACCAUGGAACGAUAAUAUCUUUCUCAAGCCCAUUGAAAACUUUUUCGCGGAACAAUUGGCAUUUCCAUCGAUCAACUUAUUUCGCACCUCUUUCUUUUCAAAAACUAUUCUUUCAUGUCAAAAGUUACGGAAGACCCUUUUGACUUAUUGGAAUUAGAGCUUCCAGAGGAAGACGAGAAAAUAACGAAUCGAGAUGUUACGAAGGCUUAUAGAAGGCUGGCUCUUAAAUGGCAUCCGGAUAAGAAUCCUGAUAACAGAGAGGCUGCACAAACAAUGUUUAUGAAAAUAUUUGUUGCCUAUGAAACAUUGUUAGACCCAGAGAAGCGUGCACAAUAUAUUGCAAGAAAGAGGGCAGCGUCGAGAAAUGCAAAAAGGCACUCACAAAUGGAUGCUAAGAGAAAGUUGAUGAAAGAGCAACUUGAGAAAAGGGAAAAGGAAGCAGCACUUCGUCGACAAAACGAGAAAGUUCGUCAAAACACAGAGACAACUUCUAAACAGUCAGAAGAAUUGAAGAGAAGAUGUCGUGACGAAAUAGAGAGGCUUCGUGAAGAGUGGAAACAAGAUGAGAGGAAAAGGAUGCGCAGUGCUGAGGAACAGUUGGUUCAUAUUCAGCAAAGAAGAGAUAUGUUAUUAGAAAACUGCAUCAAAGUGUCUUGGCUGUCUGAAGCAGAACAUAUUUGGACUGAAGAAAGAUUUCGGGAGUUGCUUUCACACAUAGAUGCAGUUGACGUAGUUGUCUCAGUUGCCAAAAAGAUAGCUUUGAUUACUUUUUCUUCUAAGUAUUGUUUGUACAGAGCUCUUGCACAGAAAGAAGGGUUGUUUUUGAAGAAUGGCUUGAAAGUUCAUCAAAUGAGUAUGAGCCAGGAGAAGACGGAACAAAAUGUUUCGAAUGAUGAAUCAUUCUCACAUGAGACCACCUUGCCAAAGAUUUUUCAUGAUCAAGAGUUGCUACAUAUUCGUCGAAAGGCAGCACAAGGAGAUGAACAUGCAAGUCUAGAAUACGAGCAGCGAACUCUGAAGAAAUUGAGAGAAGCGGCAUCGAAGAGGAAACAGUUGAAUACUGAGAUGGGCUGAAGUUUCAUGAAGAACUUUAUUCGAU